GAGGUGGGCAGCGCUGCUGGCCCACGGAGGUGGCCUGGGCCCUCCACGUCCUCCCGGCGCUGCCACCGCCCUGGGUUUGGGGACACGCCAGACAGCUGAAGCUGCUCUGUGAGAAGAUCAGAUGAGGGAUGUGCUGGAGGUGCCCCACAGAGCUCCUGCUGGUUUGACUCUGGCUUUCAGCCCUGUUCCUGCUUAUUGUAUCAGCCUGGAUCUUCUCUUUGUCUCCCUGGACAUCUCGAGAGCUGAGCUGCACCCCUCGGCACCCCUCGCCUUCUUCCCCUGCACCCUCAGCACCCAGAUGUCAGACUCCUGCUGCUGUGAGGAUCCCUGCUUUCCAGCUGCUCAGCAUGUUUAGGAGAGACUCGAGACUUCAUUCUUGGUUCCUCAACCUUCUGAUCAGUGGUCUGUCCGGGAGUCUCUUUGCCUUUGCAGCCCUUGCCAAGAAUCAGACUUCUAAAGGUUUUGCUCCUGUCACGAUUGAGACAUCGAGACACGUGUAUGAAUAUGUGGCCACUGCUUUGGACUGGUGGCACGCAGACCGAUACUGUGAACAACGCUUCGCUCGGUUGCUUUUUGAACCCCAGGACAGUGAGCAAGCUUCCUUUAGCAAACUGCUGCAGUCCCACCACAUCAGAGGUUCUCUCUGGCUAAGCGAAAGGGAUGGUGUCCUGCACAAAGCAAGACAGAGACGGGACCACAUUGUACCAGUCCUGGUAUUCGGAGUCAAAACAGACACAAAAUACGUGAAGGUGCUCUCUGACUUCCCAGCACUGCCUGCUGUCACAGCUUGUGCCCACCUCCAGUGGGACACCAGGACCCAGGAGAUUGCUACCAUCUUCUCCUAUGCUGUGCCAGCUUUUGUUAAUGAGUUCCAGCUCCGUGGAUUUGUCGACGAGGAAGGCUUUGUUCGGUUUGCUCUCAUAGUCCAUGGGCACCAUUCCCCGUACCUGCCUGUGUUCCAUGCUGACAGACAGUGGCAUCACUUCUGUGUGACCUGGCAGCAGGAAUUUGGGACCUGGGCCAUCUAUGCGGAUGGUAAAAGGAGGGCAUCUGCCAGUGGUUUGUGUCCUGGGGGGCCAUCUGCCCCCCAGGCCAUCUAUGGCCAAGGGACUUUCAUAAUUGGGCAAGAUCAAGAUUCCCUGGGAAGCACCUUCAGGGAGAAAGAGUCCUUCAGUGGGAACAUCACUGACUUGCACAUCUGGCAGAAAGUCCUCAGUGCAGAACAGAUUGAGCAGGUUCGGUCGUGCUGGGUGGUAGAGCAAGACCUUGUAUUUGGAUGGAGCUCCAAUGCUCUGGAAGUUGAAAGCACUGUUCAGAAAGUGACUACACAAUUUCUUUGCCCAGGGCCUGUUGAGGAAUGCCGAGUUUUUGAGGUUGGCAGCAGCGAAUUGAGUCAUACAUCUUGUUUGCAGUCUUUACCUUUUAUCUGUCACUACAGAAAGGAUGCGUACUGGCAACUGAAAAAAGCUCAGCUGGAAUCCAGCCACUCACUUGUCAGCCGCGUGAACAAACUUGCAGAGAGGACUGUGAUUCCUGAGAACAUCUUCACAAGUGCUGUCCAAGACAUGAACUUCUCUGUUGCUCUUGGUGCUCUCGAUGUCUUGGCAACUGUUCUGAGGAGAGGAAAGACACCCGUGCUGGAGUCGUCUGACCUCCUUGCGGUGCUGCAGUUACUGAAACAAGUUUCUGAUGUGGAAGUCCAUGAGCGAGAGCAGCUGGAGAUGUUGGAGCAGUUGGGCCGAUAUUAUGUGGAAGUGACUGAGUUAAUCUUGAAAGAGCAGAAUAUGGAAACGUGGUCAUCAAUCAGCCAGGUUAUCAAAGGGCCCAUGGCUGUUGUUGAGCUCUGCGACAGAAUGGUGUCACAUUUAGCACGACUGCUGACUGCAGGGAGGACAAAGGUCACAAUCCAGCACGGGAGUGUUGGAAUGGAGGUCAGGAAACUGGACCUGAGCGGACAGGAGCUGAGCAGUGAGGCGUACCUGAUCCAGAGCCCUGAGAGAGGCAGGCACGACCUCAUUGAAGUUCCUGCAGAAGAAAUGCAAAGACUGAAAGCCAGAGGUUUCCACAGGGUUAUGGUGAAAAACAUGUGGUUUGGCUACGGCUCCCUGCAGCACUGCCUGGCCGGCGCUGGCAGCAGUGCUGUCUUCCAGGAUGUGUCUCCUGAUGGAGGACAGAAGUACUGGAGCACCGUGGUGGGCACUGCUGUAAUCUCAUCCACUGUGCUCAGUGAAGACCAGGAGAUCAGCACGUCCGUGCACUACCAGCUGCAGCACCACAUCCAGGUUCUGCCUGAUAAGCUGAUGGGGCCCAUCUGUGCCUUCUGGAACUUCAGCCUCAGCCCAGAUGCUGGUGGGGUGUGGUCCACAGCUGGCUGCUCUGUGGUAACAUCUCUCCCAGACUCCACUGCCUGUGUUUGCAACCACACCACAAAUUUUGCUGUCCUGCUGCAGGUGUACGAGAUGCAGAGGACCACCGAGGAGGACCUCACACUGCAGACCUUGACUUUUAUUGGAUGUGGAGUUUCCUUCUGUGCCUUGAUAAUUACCUUCAUUUUAUUUUUGGCAGUUGGUGUCCCCAAGAGCGAACGAACAACUGUGCACAAGAACCUCAUCUUUGCAUUAGCUGCAGCAGAAGCUCUGCUCGUGUUCAGUAAAUUGGCCAAAACCAACCAGGUGCUGUGUUUCAUGGUCACUGCCUGCCUCCAUCUGUUCUUCAUGGCAGCCUUUUCAUGGAUGCUGGUAGAGGGGCUUCUCCUGUGGAGCAAGGUGGUAGUGGUCAACAUGAGUGAAGACAGGAGAAUGAAGUUCUACUAUGUGACGGGCUGGGGCCUUCCAGUUGUUAUAGUGGGUGUGACCCUUGCAACUUCCUUUAACAAGUAUGUGGCAGACAACCACUGCUGGCUGAACGUCCAGACCAACGUCAUCUGGGCCUUUGUCGGCCCCGUUCUCUUCAUCCUGGCUGUGAACACCUUUGUGCUGUUCCGGGUGGUGAUGGUGACCGUGUCCAGUGCUCGCAGGAGAUCAAAGAUGCUGACGCCCAACAGCAGCCUGGAGAACCAGAUUGGCGUACAGAUCUGGGCAACAGCCAAGCCUGUCCUGGUGCUGCUGCCAGUGCUGGGCUUGACCUGGGUGUGUGGAAUCCUUGUCCACCUCAGCAUCGUUUGGGCCUAUGUCUUCAUCGUGCUGAACUCCCUCCAGGGCCUGUACAUAUUCCUGGUCUAUGCAAUCUAUAACAGUGAGGUGAGGAAUGCCAUCCAGAGGAUGAAGGACAAGAAGAAAGCACUCUCGUUCACAAACUGUUCUCAUCCCGUCAACUACUUAUCAAGUCCAAGGAACACGACCUCCUGGGAGACAGGGAAGCUGAGUCCUUCUGCAGCUGAGAGUGCCUUGUCGAGCCCUGUGCAGAGAGACCCUCCAGUGAAGAACAUCACCAACAAAGGAAAUUUUGGACCCAAAAUUCCCGUGGGGAUUUCAUCAAUUAUGUCACCAGAGAGACCGGCUGUAGAGCUGACAGCGUUCAAAUCCUCAGGGAAGCAGUGCAUUAGCAGGAUUCUGAUUUUGCUCCACAUUAAGUGUCUAAGCAGGGCAUGCUUAGACUAUUUUCCAGACGAUGCCACCCAGAAGCACUGCAGCUUUCCUCCCCAGAGUGGACACAUGAGCAAGGCAGAAAAGGUGGCAGCUUGGAGUAAAUGUGCUGCAGCAUUUCAGGCAUAGGAGUGGGGUCUCAGAGACCGCAUGACCUACACCCAGCGCAUGCGUUUGUGCUCUGCCCCCGACACUCCCACCCUCACCUGUUCCUGCAUAUUUUGAUAUGGCCACAUGUGUAUUAAACUCCAGCUGUGCAAAGAGGUGGGUUGCUUAAUUUGGUUUUCUUUGCUCAGGUAAGUCCUCAGUGUAUUUUUAAAAGCCUGGUUCUGCCCAGAGGACGGUGGGGAUGCCGGGCUGGGCUCGCUGCCUGCCCCCUUGAGCGCCGGCUGAUGCACAACGGCCAUAGAAGCAGCCGGUGGGUGCAUGGCCAACACUCUCUGCUAGCACGGAGAGCGGCUCCUCAUUAGCCCAGGGGUGAGGGAGCCCUAGGUUGGGCACCCUUCAGCCUGAGGUGAACAAGAGGAUCUCCUUGAACCAGAAGAGCACUCCUCUGCACACUUGUGUACGUGCAAGCCAGCGUGCAGCACAGCGCUGGUGCCUGCUGCUCCAAGGUGCUGGGCUCAAAGACAAGUGCUUGCAGCCAUUAGAAAGAAAUAAUAAAGGACAGUAAUUCCCAGCUGUGGUAAUGCCUGGAAGAGCACAGAGCAGCUCAGCAUUGCACAGGCUCCAAUCUUCACAGCUUGUUCAACAGAGCAAAAUGCUGUGUAGCUCAUGGGGAGGGAUAAUGUCUACAGGGGAAGCAAACCAUAAACCUGGGUGCUUGGUGAUGGGCAAGAGACCAGCCAGUUCAACACAGACACUGUUUCUCCUUUUCUAUUUGUUUUCUCCCAAAUAAUUCAAUGAAAAGAGGCAUAUUUUGCCCCAGAUAUCUUUAUUUGAAAAUGUCCAGCCAGCCCUAAUGAAAAUGGUGAUGUCCCUGCAGCAGCGAGGCUUGCAGGAGCUCCUGCAGAGACCCGGGAGGAGCCUGCUGCCCCGCAGCCCAGCGCAGGGGCUGGUGGAAGGGAGAGCACUGAAACCUGGGUGCCAGUGGGAGACUUAGCACUUAAAUGCCUUGCUCGCAGUCUCCCAGGAAAGCCAUGCUGGAUCUGAGAUGGGAUCCACCUCUCCUCUGCUGCAGCACCUCUCUUGCGAGAGCUGUGGGCAUCGUGCUGGCUUCAAGUGCAAGAGGCAGCUGGUGGCCUGUGGUGGGUGGGCUCCCACUGAUGCAUUAACGUGUGUGAGGAUGAGGGUGGAUAAAAUCCAGGUAAGUGCCAGGCCGGUGUGAGAACCACAGAAAUGAGGAGUUUUGCAGCACGGCUGCAGCCGGGAGGCAGGUAUGGGCUCCCUCCCCACCCCCAGGACGAGGGCUCCCCCCGCGAGGACUCAAUUCACUUGGAGAGGCCGCACGUUUCCGCAGUAAUGAGCUCCAGCCCAGCUGUACAAAGCUGCGCGCUGCAGUGAGCGCUGCCCAGAUUCAUUACACCCUUUAUGUAAACAGGGGAUGGCCGGGGGGGUUCACAUAUUUGCACAAACAAUAAGUACCGUCUUCCUUGUCUUGGCAAACAAGAGCUCCAAGAGGCCUCCACAUCCUCCAUCUCUUCAAGUGAUGGCUGCUUUGUUUCCCCACGAUAAUUUCAUUAUUCUGUUUGAAUACGUUUAUAUGUUGCUAAGCCACACAUAGCAACACGGAUCUUGUCUCCAUGGCCCAGCCUUUCUCUGAUCGAUACUGAGUAAUUUUGCAACUCUCGCCAUGCCGUGUUAAAUAAGAUUGGGUUUGAAAUAAUAAGGACAUUAUAAGUCUUUGGGAUUCAAAGCCGGUAAAGCACCUGAGUGUUGUGAGCAGUGGGAGAAAUGCAGAACCGCCCCAGGCCGAGCCCGCCAGGCCGUUCUGCAGUGGGAUCACCACUGUCGUAUGUGCCACAGUCCUUCCUGAUGGGUAGAAGGUACCACAUGCCCUGACAGAAGGAGGUGCAGCCUGUGCACUGUCAGUGCCAUGGUAGCACUAGUAUUCCCAUUAAAUCCCAUUUAAACCUCCUACUUCAGCACUCUCCGAGCUUGCUGCCAUGCACGGCAGGCUAAUUUCUGAGGAGGGAAGAAGAGAGGUCCUCCUUAUGACUGCGGUGCCAUGCACGGAGGCUGCUUUGCGUCCCUGCCGUAAGGGCUGUAUUUAGAGGGAACCUCAGUGGUGCACCCAGACCCCUGCCCUCCCCUCCCUGCUGGGGCAGCUGAGACCAUCUCUCUUUUG